UUACUCUGACGCAUACAACACAUAAACACCUUUUGUCUACUCAAGGCAUGAAACCAAAAACAAACGCCAAACCUGUUCUACGGAAAGCAACACGUUGUCAGUGGCCUCUGCUCUUUGUUCUGUCCCCCUAAAGGAGAAUCUGUUCACGCCCACUUCGAGACUUCCUCCCUGAAACCUGAUUCUUUGGGGCAAGCCAAUACCUAAAUGAGCUGAGCUCUCAGAGCCUGUGGGUCAACUGCCUCAUAGCUCUGACACACUGUUGCUCAUUUUUUCUGAAUUAGACACACUACAUUCUUUCUGCCAUAAAUGCGAGGAACCCUGAUAUGCACACGCACUCUCGCACUCAUCUUUCAUGCAUCUCUCUCUUUUGUGAGUCACUCGCACACAUGCAUGUUCAGACACCCACAGCACACUGACAUAAGACUGUCUCUCAGCCCUUUCCUGCUCUGCUGUUGCUGGCUGUUGGUGUCUGAAGGAUUCGCUCCGCGGUAGGAUGGUAGAUAUCCCUCCAGUCAGGAGCCCAGUCAAAGGAUGAACUGGCUCUUUUCCAUGAUUCUCAUGUGCUGCUGGUGCUGCCCACUCCUCGCCAUGGGUUGGCUGCUCCCUCCUUCCAAUAUAAAAUUGCUUUCUGAGAACCUUUUCGCUGUCCUGCAUUGGGAACCUGCACCCGGACAUCCUGCUGACACAAACUACACUGUGGAGAUCAGGAAAUUAAAAGAGGAUCAGUAUAUUCAAGUUGAUGGCUGCAUUUCUGUGCCCUCCACACAUUGUGACCUUUCCCUGACAUGUGAAGACACCUCUGCAUUGUACUUUAUAAGGGUGAGAGCCACUUGGAAUGGGAACAGUUCAAACUGGACAGAUUAUCUGCAAUUUAAUCCAUAUCAAGACACUACGGUCAGCCCCCCUACCGUCUUCCUCUCUGCCCAGGGGAGAUCGAUCCGUGUUGACGUUCACCUCCCACGGACUCCUUUCAAACACGAGAACAGCUUGCAGUUAAAAACAAUUCGCCACUUCUUUACUCUGAAGUGCACAAUCCAGCUCCGCAUUGAUGACAACACUAUACAAAGCACGGUGCUGACGAAUAUUUCAGACAACAUGACCUAUACUUUUGAUGACUUGAAUCCCAAAGACCGGUACUGCAUUAUAUCCAUGAUCUCAGCUUACAAAGACAGUGACUGGUCUCAUAAAGAGUGUGUCUCCCUGAUAACAGAGCAGGGCCCAUCAGUGUCUUUGCUCCUACUUCUGAGCGUUGUACCUGUGAUACUUUUUUUCCUGGCUGUGGCUGUUGUCGUGUUCUUCCGACAGUACAUCUUCCCCAGACGUUCAGAACUUCAGAUUCCAAAAACCUUGGAGAUUCUCAUAGUAAAAAAUGAUUUGUUUGUAAACCUCUCCCCCAAGAGCAUGGAGUGGGAUCCGGUGGGAGAUAACAUCUCGUUCCUCUCCGCCCCUGGCUCGGGCUCCGGGACUGCCUUACUGGGCAUCCAGGAAAUCUCAAGUGACCCCAGACAAGCAGACAGUGGGGAGGUCUGCUACCACAGCAAUGGCUUCUAUGAGACACUCCUGGAGAAUGGGGCCUUUACUGGGAGCGUCCUGUCAUCAGGACAAAGCAGGGAUCCAGACUACACACAUGAGGAGGGCUAUUCUGAAGAGCAGCUGAGCACCACAGCAAAUGCAUCUGAAUUCUAUUCUAAAACAAGCCCCUAUGGAACAGAGAGUCUCUCCCAGGGCAGUGUCAGUGCUGAGGAGUCCGAAUUCAGGAAAAGUCCAGUGCUAAGAGCAGAAGUCAAAGAGCAGCCAGCUGGCCCUGGUUUAGACGCCAGACCCCUGAUCGAUAUCCCUCUUUACUCUGUGAAACUGUCAGCCACCAAGGGGGUGGAGCUGUUCCUAGGAGGCAUAUCCCGUGCCUCUGCUGCUGAGAAUAGUGCCAAAGUGCAGCCUGGAAGUUUUCAUUGCAGUAGAGAUGGGGAAGACACCCCUAGCAGUAAAAAACAGCAGCUCACCCUCACUCUCCCUCAGCUGGACUCCAGCCCUGUGCUGACGGUUUCACAGGCCUCUGAGAUGUACCAGAUGGAUUCUAGGGUACCUGAAUCAGAGACGUGUGGGGAGAGCCAGUCCAGCACAGUUUUGGGGGACCCAGCCCAUGCAAGCGGGUAUGAAUGGCGCCCUUUUCCCUCUGAGUAUUCCCCCAGGACAGGGGUAGUGUUGGGGUCAGUUAGACUGAACACCUUUCAAUUCCAAGACUGGGGGAUGUGAGUGUGCCCCUAAAUGGCUUGCUCAUUGCUUUUUCUGUCUGUAAAAAUUAGUAAAACGCCAAAGAGUGUCCUGUUUUAAUGAUUUACUGUUCAACCAGGGUACUCCAACUAAGACAAUGUCUCAGCAAUUUUUUCCACCCCAGCUUCCAGUUGUAAUACAGUGCAUUCCAUAAGUAUGGGAAGCGUAUUCAAUUGAGUGAAAUGUUCUGUGUUCACCACUGUACUCGAUACAUUGAAGAACUUGGACCUUUUGAAAAGGGCGAUCAUAUGGAACCUGCUUCAUUGAAAUCAUCUGCAUUCACAUACCACUGCCCAAACCUCGUCUCGCUUGACUACCUCAACAUUAUUACUAAGUAAUAUUCAGAUUUUUAAAAACAACUCAGCCAGUCAGAAAGCUACUGCCAGUUAUUAACCAUCAGUAAUAAUUGCAGUAGUUAAUCAUGUGAUGCACGACAGAUAGGAACUAUUCUAAACAUUUCUAAACGCCCUCUUUGCCUGGAAUCUUUCAUCACACUGUAUUCACACCUCCAUCCAUUUCUCAUAAUCCGGUCCUGAAGUAACAGAUUAGCGGGACUUUCUGAAGAAAUUUAUUUAGAGCUGAAUCAGUUUAUAGCCUCAUGAAUGUAUUAUACUGUAUUUGCCAUGUUUUAAUGUAUUGUGCGUCUACAGUAUGUUUUGAUCAUUAACUUUCAAAAACCUGGCUGACAGAUGUCUUCCAGCAGUGACUUUGUUUAUUUGCAAGGAAGCUGUUAACAACUGAUAUUUUUUCUGUCUAUCUCUAUAUCUCUCUAUCUAUCUCUAUCAUUAGCUCAAAGAGCCAACUACCAAAUGUUUCUAUAUGUUGUACAUAUCUUUCUCAAGGGAGGGUGUGUUUCAAUCAAAGUACUGGAGGUAUUUAUAGGUUUUUGACAGCAUGGCAACUACUUGUUAUUGUUUAUAUUCAAAUCCAUG